AUGGCGGAGCAACCUCUCAACGGUGCCUUCUACGGCCCCUCAGUCCCCCCUCCGGCUCCCAAAGGCUACUCUCGUCCACGUCGGCACAGCCGCGGUUGUUGCUGCUGCCUCCUCAGCUUCUUUGUAAAAGUCAUCAUAGCCCUUAUUGUCAUCCUUGGCAUAGCCGCUCUUAUCUUCUGGCUCAUCGUCCGUCCUCGGUCCAUCAACUUUCAUGUGACCGAAGCGUCCCUUACCCGCUUCGAACACACCUCCCAGGACAACAUUUUAAGGUAUAACCUAUCCCUCACAGUCCCUGUUCGCAACCCUAACAAGAGGAUUGGAGUGUACUACGACAGGAUUGAAGCUCAUGCCUACUACGAUGGAAAGCGGUUUAGUUCCACCACGUUAACUUCGUUUUAUCAAGGACACAAAAACACUACCGUUCUCAGACCAAUGUUCCAAGGCCAAAACCUUGUUAUCUUUAACGCCGAAGAGUCACGUACUUACAACGAGGAGACGAUCGCUGGAGUUUACGAUAUAGAGAUCAAGUUGAGGCUUAGGGUUAGGUUUAAGCUUGGGGACUUAAAGACUCGGAGGACUAAGCCUAAGGUUAACUGCGAUGAUCUAAGGCUUCCAUUAAGUACCUUAAACGGAACUGCAACUCCAUUUACCAUUCUCCCUAUCAAGUGCGACUUUGAUUUUUAA